GUGCUGUCUUUGUUGGUGGCUUCAGGACGUCCUAGCAAAAGAAAAUGGCCCAGCCCACGCACCUGAACCACAAUCUCCCAGGUGAUGAGAAAGAUGCAGAUUUGGGUGGCCCAUUCUUGUACAGCAACCCGGACCAGAAUGGAGAGAAGGCCUCCUACUCCUUGGAGACCCCCUAUGGCUUCAUGUUGGAUCUAGAUUUCCUCAAGUACGUAGAUGAUAUUGAGAGUGGCCAAACCCUCCGGAAGAUUCCGCUGAACCGGAAGGCCAAGGGGCCUAAAAAGACCCUGGGCUCUACUCGUAACCAGACCGGCGGCUGGACAUCCACGGAGUCUCUCUCCUCCACAACCAGUGAAGAUGGGAAACCCAUCUUCUCCCCGCGGCCCAGAAUAUGGGCCAGUUCUUCAGAGCCUCCAAGCAAACAGGCCUCUCUCCCCAUGUCGCCAGCCCCAGUCAUCCAUCUUCUCCCGCCGCCAUCUCCCAAAUCCCUUACGAGAAACACACGGGUGGAGAAAACGUUGUUGGAGACCAGCAAGCGCUUGGAACUAGAGCAGCUCGAUUUGCUCGAUGAGGGAACCACCAGCAAGCCCCCCGGGAGCCCGUCCAAGGUCGCUUUGUCCCCCUCAUUUUCACAAAACCUCUCUCCUUCGUGUGUCCCACUGACAGGGGAAAGCCACGUCGACCUCAGCCUGCCUCUAACAGGCCCUGCAAAAAUGAGCCCCUCCAAUUCAGGAAGGAGCACCCCAGCCACGGCAGUCACUCCCGGACACCUCUAUCACGUCCGUGACCAGAUGGCAGCCGCCCUCAGGCAACUGAAGGAGCUGGAAGAGCAAGUGAAGAUGAUCCCCGUCCUGGAAAUGAAGAUCUGCCGGUUGAAGAAGGAGAGGGAGCAGCUGGUGGCCGGCUUGUGGGGGAAAUCUCAGGCGGGCGAGGCCUUCGUCUUCGAUUUCCCUCCAAAAUCUCCUGGCAUGGAGGCUGCCACCAACACGAGCCCGGAAGACAUCCGCGAGGCCAACGAGCCUUCGAAAGGGAGGUCGAGUAAAAUCGCCGAGUUGAAGAAACUGACUGAGAAAUUGUCGUCUUCGGAGAAGACCCCGAAGGCAAACAAAGGAGCUGAGGGGUUCACCCUCAGAUCGGUUGGGGUCGGGGAGGAGAUCGACAUGGGCGAGGCGGUUUUCUACUACCGGUGCCAAAGGCCGUGCCGGGAGGUGGCCGUCGGGUGGGAGACGGAGACCAAAGAUGCUGCAGUGUGGGUCAUGGAGUCCCUGCUUGGGGUGUCGGCCGAGACAGAGCAGGAAAUCGGGCUCCUUCAAGAGACGGUCCAGCAUCAGCGCGAGGUCAUCUCUAUGCUGGAGGGGCACCUGAAGGAGGCCGCAGAGGAGCUGGAGGCGUUGAGAGUCGCAGUUUGUUCACGGAUGCCGAAAAGCCUGAUCAGCAAAGAAACCAUGGCCCAGCCGGAGACGGUGGAAGCGUCUGCGGAGGCCGUCCCUGCGACCCGAAGCCAGGCCGUGGGUGACCACUUAGAAACGGCAGACAAAGGUGUCCUCUGCUCUCCUCAGGUUGCUUGCGUCGGGGUCGGCUGCUGUUUGCAGCAAGGAGACCUUCUGUCUGUCCAGAGAAGGAGUAAAGCCACCCAGAUGGAUCUGAUGGCGGAAAGCCAAAUCCGGGAGCAGAACGACGACUCUGUUGGGGCGAAACCGGAUUGGCGGGGGGCUGCGCCUGUGCCAGAAGCUACGAAAGUCAGCAACCAAGCAGUCUCAGGGGAGUGUGAAGGGCCUUGCUUGGAGGCUGAGAUGCUGGGGGUGGAUCCGGAAUUGCAUUUGCAGCUUGCCGCAUCAGAAGAGGAGAAUGUGCAAGGGGCGUCUGGAGUCCUCAAAUCCAUCAUGAAGAAGCGAGAUGGCGUCUCCAAAGUGGAGGCGGGAAGCAGCAAGAAGAGUCUCCAGUUUGUGGGGUUACUGAAUGGCGACAGGUAUGAGAGCACGUCUAGCGAGGAAGACGAAGAAGAGGAGGAUCAGUCCCCCGAGAAGGGCUCCUCCCUCAGUUCCGACAGUGACGCGGCCGCCAGCACCGACACGUCUGAUGAGGAGGUGGUGGCCAACCUCGGGGACAGCGACCCAGACAGUCCUGUUCCGGUUGCGGCAGCCCAGGGCGAGGCCCAGCCGUGCCGUGAUCAAGAGAAGGUGGAAGAAGAGAAUGCCACCCUGGAAGUGAAAGAGAAAUUUGAGCUGAGUCCCCAGAUGAGAGAGGCCUGCCUGGUGGUCAGGAGCCAUCUCGGCCACAGUGCUGGUGGAGCAAAGACCAGAGAGGUGGUGGCCAGCACCGGCCUCAUCCUGCAGGAGUGGUUUCGCGUGUCCAGCCAAAAAUCCUCCCUGGCCAGCCAGGUGGCUGAGCACCUGCUGGCCUUUGCCGAAAUCUCGCCAGCCAUUCUGGCCCACGUUAUCAACCUGUCAGACGGGAAUGGGAACACGGCUCUGCACUACAGCGUCUCCCAUUCCAACUUCGAUAUCGUCCAGCUUCUGCUCGACACAGGGGUCUGCAACGUCAACCAUCAGAACAAAGCUGGCUACACCGCCCUCAUGUUGGCUGCCUUGGCAGCGGUGGAGCGGGAAGAAGACAUGGCCGUCAUCCGGAGACUGUUUGCCCUGGGCAACGUUAACGCCAAAGCGAGCCAAGCAGGCCAGACCGCUCUCAUGCUUGCAGUGAGCCACGGCCGGCAGGAGAUGGUGGAGGCCCUGCUGGUUUGUGGCGCAGACAUCAACCUCCAAGACGAGGAAGGUUCCACGGCUCUCAUGUGCGCUUGCGAACACGGGCGGGCAGGCACAGUGCGGCUUCUCCUGUCUCAACUGACUUGUGAUGCGUCCGUCGUGGAUAACGAUGGCAAUGACGCAGUUUCCAUUGCUCUGGAGGCCGGACACCGUGACAUAGCAGCAUUGAUAUCUACUCACCUCACACAAUCAGCAGCUCAGUCACCAGACCAAAAUGGAAAGAAGAGCCCUACAAAGCAACUGUAGGACCUGGAUUGCAUGGGAGGGCCCAAUCCACCAACCAGCAAGUAGUUCUACAGGACAGC